AUGACACAUUUCAAUGGGCAUAGAACCACUUCCUUCAAAACAUGUUCUACCUUCUCCUCUCUCCUCCUAACGCAGACGACCCUGUUCAACGUCACUAAGACCCUAUCGUCUCCAUCUCCGCUCUCAACUGCCAUUGUGAAGGAAAUCUUUUCUCUGAUACUAACAUCGUUCUUAAUCUCCUCGGGUUUCUUAUUGCUUUUGAGAACUAUAGUUUUGAAUCACAGCAAAGAAGGUAAGCCAUAUGAGUUGACGACAUCUCACUUCUUUUUUAAGCAUCUAUGUCAUAUCGAUCUGAGAAUAGAGGGGGACGAGAGCAGAGAAGCGACAAUCCAUCACCUGCGUAUCUCAACCCUAAAUUCAAGCUCUUUUCUAUUGUUGCUGAAGGUCGCCUUUUCUCGAUUCCAGAUGUCUGCCGUUGGAACCACAAUACCAUCACACCACCACACUUCUCCUUUGGAUUCCAACUACAUCGACAACCUGAUAUCAGGUAGGCAAACUAUAGAGGAUUUUUUGUUGCUGUCCAUCCUAUCUUAG